UAUCUCCUCAGUAUGAGCAAGGAUGGAGAAGACUUCAGCAUAUUUUUAGUGGACACCGAUAAAGUGUUGCCUGCAAGUGCGGAGUCGGGGUGAUUUUGACAGCAAGUCACGAUCUUACUAUCUGACACGGUGGGCUGGAGGGACCCGGUGGCUGCCUUUUGUUUGAGGUGUCUGGGUUUAAACGGCGGAGUAAACAGACCCACCUCGGGCCAGCAGGCUGUCUCAGUGGGUGUUGUGUGGUCAGAUGCUUGGAGUAUGGUUGCUCCCUGUCUGCAUUAGGGACAAAAUGCAACAAGUCUGUUAUUGACUGAAAACAUCUAUAUCCAUUCUUUUUUUUGUUUAUGAUACAAUCAUUGUCCAAUUUAUGUUCAAGUUUAAUAGUAAUUCAAAACAUACAUGAAAACACAUGAACACAGCCAAAUACAACCGCGUUAAUGCACACAAAGCCUCCUUGCUGGAAACUGCCUCUCUAAGAUACCCCAAGGGCAUAGGCAUUUUCUGAUUAAUAUUAUCUAUCCAUCGUAGCCUCAGUCAUCCUCUCCUUCUUUUGCCUUCUGUUUCCCCGAACAUGAGAGUCUUCUCUAAGGAAUCCUGUCCCCUCAUGAUGUGGUCAAAAUAGCUGAGCUUUUCAAGCUUCCUAGUGAGCAGUCUGGCGUAUUUCUCCAAGUAUUGACUUGUUGGAUCUUCUUGCUGUCCAGCGAACACUUUCCCCCAACAUCCAAGUUCAGAAGCGUCGAUUAUUUUGUAUUCAGCCUUUAUAAUUGUCCAGCUCUCACAGCCUUACAUCACAACUGGAAAUACUAUAUACUUGACUCUACGGUCCUUCGUAGACAAUGUUAUGUCUCUGCGCUUCAGUAUUUUAUCUAAAUUUGCCAUUGCUACCCUCCCCAGAAGUAAGCGCCGUUUAAUACGCUGCAUUUAACAUUAUUUUCAAUCUUUCUUUAUUGAUUAAAAAAUUUAUAUGAAUAGAUACGAAUCAGAGGUGAAGUUAUAUCAAAUACAUUAUAGAAUAAACGUACAAACAAAGAAAAUGAUAUACACUGUCAAAAUCAUGUGUAAUAUAAUAUUAGGCUAUUAUAUAUAAACAGAGAACCACAACUCCUCUUGACAAUUCAUACAAAAAAAGACUGGAAAUGUUCUCUUUAUAGGAGAGAAAAAAAAAACACUAAACAAACUAAAAACUAAAACAAAAAAAAGGGGGGAACUGGGCAGUCCACUUGAGGACAAGAUUACAAAAAAAGAAGAAAGCGUCCUUCUGGUCAAAUCUGAAACUUCACGGAGGGAGAAAGAAAAGAAAGAAAAAAACUAAAAAAAAAUUAAAAAAGAUAAGAAAUUAGAUCUUCUGAAAAUAUUGAAUGAAAGGUGGCCAGGUUUGUUCAAAUUUGAAAGAUGUAUCGAACGUCCGACUUCUAAUUUUCUCCAGGUUUAAACAAAACAUAAUGGAGGAGAGCCAGAAAAAAGCAGUAGGUGGAUUAGGAUCCUUCCAAUGCAACAAAAUAGCUCUCCUACCCAAUAAAUUUGAAAAGGCUAUCACCGUUACCAUCUAUAGACAUCUUUGAACCAGGGACGAAAAAAUCCGUCUCUGCUUCCACUUCCUUUCCAUUUAGUACCACAAAGUUAAUAGGACUGGCUGGUCUUCUUAAUAUUGAGCAAGAAGCCAGCUUUCAACUUUCUUCUUUCACUUUCAUUAGAAGCUUCUUCAGAUCCUCCUCACUUUCAGCCAUUAGAAUCGUAUCACCUGCAUAUCUGAGGUUGUUAAUAUUCUGUCUGGAAAUUUUCACUGCAACAUUUUGAGUCGCCUGGACCAGCAUUCCUCAUAUGUUCAGCAUAUAGAUUAAAUAAGCUGGGUGGCAGUAUGCAGACUGGUCAUACUCCUUUCCAAAUCUUGAACCAGUUUGUUGUUCUGUGUCUGGCAACUGUUGCUUCUUGAUCUUUGUACAAAUUUCUCAUAAGGCAGAACAGAUGUCCAGGUAUUCCCAUUUCUUUAAGUAUUUGCCAUAGUAUAUUAUGGACCGCACUGCUGAAGGAUUUAGAGUAGUCAAUAAAACAUAGAUAAAUACUUUUCUGAAAUUCUCGCGAUUUCUCCAUUAUCCAGCAUAGGUUAGCAAUUUGGUCUCUGGUACCUCUGCCUCUUCUAAAAGCAGCUUCUAUCUGGCAGUUCGUGUUCCAUAUAUUGCUAGGGUCUUGCUUGCAUAAUCUUUAGCAUUACUUUUCUAGCACGUGAAUACUUGACAUUUCCAUUCUUGGAUUUUGGGAUAAAAACGGAUCUUAAUCCAGCCUAAAAGUCAUUGUUGUUUAUAUUUUCCCAGAUCUGCUGGAAAAUUGCAUGCAACACUUUUACAGCAUCACCUUUUAGAAAUUUCAACAAUUUUACUGAAAUCCUGUCACAUCCUGCAGCCUUAUUAUUGGCAAUGUUUUCUAUCACCCAUUCGACUUCGCUUUCCAGAAUGUCUGGCUCUAGAUCGAUGAGGGAGUCAUUGCUAAUGUCUUCACUGUUGGAUCUUUUUGCAAUUCUUCUGUGUGUUCCUGCCAACUCCCUUUGAUGCCCUUUGCUUCUGUAAGGUCCUUCCCUUCUUUGUCUUUUCCUAUGCUCAUUUUACAUGAAAUGUUCCUAUGAUAUCUCAAUUCUUCUGCAACAGAUCUCUUCUUUUUUCCAAUUCUGUUGGCUUCUUCAGCUUCAAUGCAUCGCUCCUUUAAGUAAGUUUCCUUAUAUUUCCUUGCUAUCUUCUUGAAAUUUGUGUUCAGUUGAAGGUCUUUGUACCAAUCUCCAUUUACUGUCUGGAAUGUUGGAGAGUGAGCAGUGACCUUACAAAAAUGUUUUAAAUUUGAAGGACAGAGGAACUGAAUCUUACGUUUUUAUUUGUGUAAUUCAGGUCAUUGCCAGCAGGUGAGGCUUUCUUCCACCCGGACGUCAGACAAGCAAACGACAAUCAACCAAAGUCAGUCAGAGUUAGAAUGGACACAGAUCUGAACUCCGCCAUCUCCGCCUUCCUGUCAAAUUGUGACGAUCACCAACUGUUUCGGUUGACGAGAUUCUACAUGGAGCGACUGGAGCAGGCGAUUGAGGAGGGCGUGGAGGGAGUCAGCUUCAUGUUAAUGGGCGAGGAUCACUUCACCGGGCAGGAGUAUCACAGCUUGACUGAGCUUGCGGAGAAGGGAAACCGAGCGGGCGCUUCCAAACUCCUCCUGGAUCUGGUGAUGGAGAAGGGCUCCGGGGCCCGGAAAGUGAUGUGGGAAUCCUUUGUGAAACUACAUCACCAUUUACCGAAGCUGAGCAGAAUAUUGAAUGAAAUACGGGAGCGAGGUAACGGCCAGUUCGCCUACAUGGACACUGAGCGGGGUUUCUCUGAAGUGCCCAAGCAUCUGGAAGAUGUUCGAAGGAAACACAUGGAGACUUUGCGGACACAAACUGAAACACUGAGAGUGAACACGAUCCUGAUGAGGGAGAAGGUGAAGGUUUUCCAGCUGGAUGAUCGAUACGCUGAGCUCACGGUCAUUUCUACUGUUCGAGAUCGGAAACUGGUGGAACAUGAGCUGCUGGCAAGAGGCAGAGAUCACGAGGAGUGGAGAGAAAAAGAUCUCCGUGGUAAGCUGGAAAAAAUCCGUACUGAUCAGUUAUUCAAGAAGAGCUUUGUUCAAAAAUUGCAAAGAUAUUUCUUUGGAAACAAAUCAGGGAUAUCCGCAGUAGUGGCCGGAGUCCCAGGGAUCGGGAAAACAACAAUGGUACAAAAGAUUGUUUAUGACUGGGCCGCGGGGAAGAUAUACCAACAAUUCCAGUUUGUCUUCAGUUUCAAAUUCCGGGAUUUAAACACCAUUAACUGUAGAAUAAACCUGAAAGAACUGAUUCUGCAUCAUUACCCCUACUUUGGGAAUAUGCUGGGAGAGAUCUGGAAACAGACAGAGGGACUGCUGUUCAUAUUCGAUGGUUUGGAUGAAUUCAAGGACAAAAUCAACUUUGUUGAUCGUCGGAGAGACACAGAAUCACAGUACACAGAUCCUGAAUUCAAGUGCAAGGUGUCUGAUAUUGUGUACAGUUUAAUCCAGGGCAAGCUGCUCCCAGGGUGUUCAGUGCUGGUGACCACCCGUCCCACUGCGUUACAUUUAUUGGAAAAGGCAGACAUCAGUGUCUGGGCUGAAAUCCUGGGAUUUGUUGGUGAGGAACGGAAGGAAUAUUUCAUCAGGUAUUUUGAAGAUCAGACGGUGGCGGAAGCUGUUUUCAAACAUGUGAAGGAGAACGAGGUCCUGUAUACCAUGAGCUACAACCCCUCCUACUGCUGGAUCCUAGCUCUGGCACUGGGCCCCUUCUUCACACAAAGAGUCAGGGACCCACUGCGUGUUCCCAAGACCAUCACCCAACUGUACUCCUACUAUAUUUACAACAUCCUGAAAAACCAUGGCCGUGAGAUUGAGAACCCGCGUGAUGUGUUACUCAGGGUUGGUCAGAUGGCCUUCAGAGGAGUGCACGAGAGGAAGAUUGUGUUUACAGAUGGAGAUUUGAUCAACUACAAUCUGCAGCCUUCCCAGUUCCUGUCUGGGUUCCUGAUGGAGCUUUUGGAGAGAGAGGAUUCUGCCCGGAGCGUGGUGUACACAUUCCCACACCUCACUAUCCAAGAGUUUGUAGCUGCAGUCGCACAAUUCCUGAAUCCACAUCCCGGGGAUAUCCUGAAAUUCCUCACUGAAGCCCACAACACGACAGAUGGACGAUUUGAGGUAUUUCUUCGUUUUGUUGCUGGUCUCUCCUCCCCAAUGACAGCUCGGGGCCUGGAGGAGUUUCUGGGUCCAUUUCCUCAUCAAACAACCUGCCGGGUGAUUGACUGGGUGAAGGAGGAGGUUCAACGCCAGAGUGGAAACACAGAGAGUGAAGCUGGUAAAAGGAGCCUCCUGAACACAUUGCACUACCUGUUUGAGUCUCAGAAUCGUGGACUGGCUCAGGCCGCACUGGAAUCUGUGGAAAUGCUUUCAUUCAGUGGAAUGACACUGACCCCGAUGGACUGCGCGGUCCUGUCUCAUGUCAUCGGACUCUGUGAUGCAAUAAAACACCUGUACCUGGGGAUCUGCCACAUUCAGUGUGAAGGAAUCCAGCGGCUGGGACCCGGGCUGCACAAGUGCCAGGAUUUGAGACUUGGGGAGAACGACUUGGGAGAUUCAGGAGUGAAACUGGUGUCUGCGGCUCUGAGGAACCCGGAGUGUAAAGUACAGAAACUGGGGCUGAGGGAUGUCGGUCUCACAGAUUCUGGUGCCGAGGAUCUCGCCUCCGCUCUCAGUACAAAACCAUCACUGACGGGGCUGAACCUGGGUGAUAAUAAACUGGGAGAUUCAGGAGUGAAACUGGUGUCUGCGGCUCUGAGGAAGUCAGAGUGUAAAAUACAGAAACUGGGGCUGAACAAUGUCGGUCUCACAGAUUCUGGUGCCGAGGAUCUCGUCUCCGCUCUCAGUACAAACCCAUCACUGACGGAGCUGAACCUGAGUGAUAAUAAACUGGGAGAUUCAGGAGUGAAACUGGUGUCUGCGGCUCUGAGGAACCGGGAGUGUAAAAUACAGAAACUGUGGCUGAACUAUGUCGGUCUCACAGAUUCUGGUGCCGAGGAUCUUGUCUCCGCUCUCAGUACAAACCCAUCACUGACGGAGCUGAACCUGACUGAAAACUCUCUGACAGACCGAUCUGUCCCCGGUCUCCGCCGCCUCAUACUGACCCUCCCGAGUCUGAAGUGGAUCUGGCUGUUGGUGAAUCAGUUCAGUGAGACCGGGAAGAAGGAACUGAGAUCUCUACAGGAACCCAGACCCGGACUGACAGUGGAUCUGUGAACAUCUGAAUGUGGUGAAUCAGUUCAGUGAGACCGGGAAGAAGGAACUGAGAUCUCUGCAGGAACCCAGACCCGGACUGACAGUGGAUCUGUGAACAUCCGAAUGUGUGAACAUCCCCGCCCGCGGGAUGGGGACAUUUGGCCGACUCCCCGCCCUCCCCUUUAACUCCCGCCCUUACCUUUAACGCCGCCUUUAACGGCCGCGCGCCGGGGCUGAUUCCCAACGGUUUUAACUGGACCGGCUCAAGCCUCGCGCUGUGUGCGUCGCUCGGAGAGGUCCCGCAGUGACGUGUUUCCGCCUGUUGUCCGGCGGGGCAGCUUCCGCCGGAAGUGCGUGUACGAGACUCCCCACGUGGCACCCCGGGGAAUUACCCGGACGGGAAGAGCCCGGGGGUCCGGGGCUCAGUCUGGGACUCCAGUGUCCCGGGGUGGGGGGGAUGAUCCCGGGAGAGAAUCCUUUUGCCCCCUUUGCUGAGGACGGUGCAUUCGGCAGCCUGGCCCAUAUAAUGAUGUUAAAUGGACAAAUCCCUCGGCAGUGACCCUGGAUCUGCAGCGAUCCCGGACACGGCCCUGAAGUGUGAUUUUAUAAUCAUCGGUUCCCCGAUGCAGAGUGACGGUGAGAAACGGGACUGAUUAUUCAACCGGUCACCCGUUGUCGCCGGUCAGUUAAUUGUGUCUGACUGUGAGUGAGUCGGGAGCAGCUUAUUUAUUCCCGCACGUCAGCAGCUCACACAUUGUUUAAUUACAUUUGUCUUGAUGAAAUCAAUAAACCACUGUA